AUGGCUGGUCCGUACCUUUCUCCCCUACCGGGGGAUUUACUAACAGAGUACAUGUUUGGAAGACGUCGUCAGCGACGGAACCGAACGACCUUCACACCGCAGCAGCUCAGUGAACUGGAGUCUCUCUUUCAGAAGACACAUUACCCAGAUGUUUUCUUGAGAGAGGAGGUGGCGCUGAGGAUCAGUCUUUCAGAAGCUAGAGUUCAAACACGCACCAAGCGCUUCGCCUCAACAUUUAUCAUCAGAACCGCUAAGAAGAGGAAUUCUGUGCCAGAGUCUGCGUUCCUCAAAGGCAAAGGCGUAUUCAAGGCUCGAAUAAAUAGCUUGCUGCCGCAGGCGUGCUCAAGCCCAUCAUCAUCAUCAGCCUAUAAGUGCCCACUGCUGAGCAAAGGCCUCUUCUCAUACGGAGAAGUGUGGGAGAGCCAAGCUUCGGCACGAAUGGGUCGGCUCGACCGGAGUGAUACCACGGCCUCACAGAAUACCGGUGUAAAACAACCCACAGCGUUGUUUCGCCGUGUAUGGUUUCAAAACCGUCGUGCGAAGUGGCGCAAGCAGGCACGCUUGCAACUGCUGCAGGAUGCAUGGCGGAUGAGGUGCCUCGGACUAGGAUCUCCACCAUUACCGUUGUCAGGUCACGGCAAACCGGACUCUUCACCCGAAGCUUCGGAAUCACCUAACGACAAGGACUCCCCUGAACCGCCAGGAGCCAAUGAGAACCGCGAGCUGAAAUCUCCUCGUCAGGACCCAUACCUUCACAAUACGAACAUGGAACAGAUCCAAACAGUGAACUCUAAUGUUCAUGAACUCCCUCCGAUGGCAUACAACGAAGAGGGAAGGAUGUUACAGCAACCGUUUACAUUCCCACCAAUGAUGAUACCACAGCAAAUGGAACCAGAAAUAGUCCCAACAGACUUGAGGGUGAUGUCAAAACCAAACCCUUGUUCCUGUGGAACCGCUGUGCAGGACAUGGAUGAACCACAGAACUUAGCAUACCGCCAACAAAGACAGGAUAAAGAAAGCGACAGUGAUUCGGACACCGAAAUAGACCUAACCUCACAUUCCAAAGAUGAUGAUAUAAGGGAAUCUGAAAGGUUGGCUAAUAGAAUCGCUACCAGCAUCUUCCGAAGUGACACAGUUCUACAUGAAAUGAUGCCUAAUGAUCUCAGCUUAGCAAAUAAGAAUAAUGAUAAGUGA